UGAGCAUCGUAUAUCGAUCGAUGCAGUGGCACUCCGGACCAGUAUGUCUCCAUAGUGCUCGUCGAACCCAGCCGCUUAGAAGGCUCCAGCUCCGAGCACCUGCUCACGAUCAGCUUUCCUCUCGACCUCGGGACUGGCGCGGGCCAGGUGGGAGGACAGCAUGCGCAGAUCGGGCAUGAGGAAUCAUCGUCGUCGUCACUGCCCGUUGCGAUUUCGGCUGGAGCCACGUUGGCUCAAGUGUCCCUCUCCUCCGCGCGAGUCCCUCUUCCCCCUCGCGCUUCCGGCGCGCCUCCUCGCUCCCGCACGAGCGAUGGCUGCCCACCGUGCCUGGCGCUCCGCGUGGCAUGCGCCUAAACCGGCGCUGUUCCGGGUCGGCGUCAGGGCUGUCACAAUUGCCACAGCCUUCGCUGCGAGGCCCGUCGUAUUUCUUGCGGGUGAUGGCGCGGAUCUCGAGAGCCGACGGAAGUCCGAGAUCCACACGGGAUUCUUAGAGAACCGCCACAGGAUCAACCAUGGGAGCUUCGCUGGCCGAGACACGUUUGGCGAAAAGAGUUCGUCCGAUGGCGGCAAUGACCUCGUCUGUUUCUUCGUCACCACGGACACAGUUGGCACCCACGGCGACGGCCGUUCCCGCGCCGAGGCCGUCGCAACGACUUGGGCAGCAGAACCCUCGAAUCGGAGCCGGGUUUAUUAUUUUGUGGACGAACAGACCCCACCGUAUCAUCUGCCCAGCAGCAUUACACCAGAUCGUGUGAUCCAGACGAUUGGGACAGACUACGAUCAUUUGCCAGAUCGCACGAGGGUGCAGUUGUUAACCAUCAACACGAAACAGCUCAAGGACUCGUGCAACUGGUUUGCACUGGUCGACGACGACACCUACGUGAAUACGGACAGCGUUGUCGCAAAAGCAAGCAGAAUGGACGCAACCAAGCUGCACUACAUGGGAGCGAUCUAUAAUUACAACAACGGGUCUAAUCAAUGGGCACCGUUCGUGCACGGCGACUUUAAGAUGUUCUCGCGUGCGGCUGUGCCCUUAGUCGCCGAGGCGGUUGCGAAGUGUGACGAGUGGGGCUCAGGCAUGGAGGACGUCGAAAUCGCAAAAUGUUUUGCCAAGCUGGACAUGAUAAAUCAGUUGCCACCCGAGACUUUUGGGGAUUCGGUGCACGACAACGAGCGCGGCAAAAGGCCGACAACACUGCAGCAGGCAUUCGACAUCAGCAAGAAGAGCAGCAAGUCUCUAAAGUGUCUGGAUUUUCUGCACAAAUUGUUGCCAGAGGACAUGCAUACCUUCUCAGAGGAGGUUUCAAAGAGCCCUGCUUGUGCCACGGCAUCGAGUUCGCUCAUACACUUGUCCUCUUGAGAAGUGGAUCCGAUGACGUCUUCUGAUAUGUGAUCCGAGAGCGCGUGGGGAAAAGCUGCGUGGCCCCCUCUCGUUGCUCUCCCCACUGCUACGGUCAGGAACUUUGACGUAGCGUGUCGCUCCGACGGUUCUGGCCCACCACGCUUCGGCGGGA